AUGGCCCACCUGGUGGGGGUCAAGCAGGUUGUUACGGUGGAGAUAGGAGGAGACCCCAAAAACACCAAUGUCUACUAUGACAAUAAAGUCAGCAACGUCAGCAGCAGCAACUACUACAGCAGCAGCAGCAGCAGCAACGCCUACAGCAGCAGCUGCAACAACGCCUACAGCAGCAGCAGCAGCAACGCCUACAGCAGCUGCAACAACGCCUACAGCAGCAGCAACAACGCCUACAGCAGCAGCAGCAGCAGCAACAACGCCUACAGCAGCAGCAGCAGCAGCAGCAACAACGCCUACAGCAGCAGCAGCAGCAGCAGCAACAACGUCUACAGCAGCAGCAGCAGCAGCAACAACGUCUGCAGCAGCAGCAACGUCUACAGCAGCAGCAGCAGCAACGUCUGCAGCAGCAGCAACGUCUACAACAGCAGCAGCAGCAACGUCUACAGCAACAGCAGCAGCAGCAACGUCUACAGCAGCAGCAGCAGCAGCAACGUCUGCAGCAGCAGCAACGUCUACAGCAGCAGCAGCAGCAGCAGCAACGUCUACAGCAGCAGCAGCAACAACGUCUACAGCAGCAGCAGCUGGAGAUGCAGAGCACAUUGCAGCGACAACCACACUCGCAAUGACAACACAACCGUCGAUAUUCCUAUAACCACGGGUACAAAGAUGUCUCCUCCAGACCCGUCAGCUGACCCGCCACAGCUAAACACCCCAAGAACGGGGGUGCCACCUGUUCAAACCAUUUUACCCAGAGGUCCUACAACCAAAGGCGUCUCCACUGCCAGCACGCGCGUCAAUAGCGACACGGCCGUCGCCUCGGGAACGGCAGUUGACGUGGCAGGGGCCGCCCUGACCAGCCAGCUGGUUGAUACGGCGGCUCUACUGGCCGUGCUGCUCUUCGGCCUGCUCUUCUUCUUGGUCACGGUGGGCGUGUUUGUGAGGCAGGCCUACGAGAGCUACAAGAGGAAGGACUAUACCCAGGUGGACUACCUCAUCAACGGCAUGUACUCUGACUCUGGGGUGUGAGGGGACUGGAUGGUGACACGGCAAUGCGGUGAAUUCACAAUGGGGUUAAUGAAGGAGCAGGAAUGGACUAAACUGACCCUAGAGCAGUCACUUACCGGUUUCUACCACGACUCCAGUGAGCGCUUCCUGCUUCCCUUUCUCUGAUGCAGUUUGGCUUCUCAAAGUCUGCCAAAUGUUGAGCAGAAAAAAACCGACUUGGCGGUGACGUAACUCCAGUUGUUGGCUGGACAGUCCGGCUGCUCCGAGACACUUCCCAGACAAUGCCCAUUUAUUUUGUUUGUUAUUUUUGAUAUCUUACAGCAAAAAUGUGUCAGUCUUUGUGUUAUUCUACCUUUCGCAGAUGAAUGUAGAGCUCACCGAGGGCUGAAAAUUGAGAUGAAACGAAUUUGACCCACCAAUCCAUCGUUGUUAAUUUACAGCAGGACGCAUUUCAUUUUGUAGGCAUGAACUACUAAUGGCAGCCCCCCCUCCCCGUGUGUUAAGACGUGGGUAAAUAGCCUAGCUUAGCACAAAGUCUGAACCCACGUUUACAUGUGAUGGAGCUUGCUGACACAUGUUUCACAGUGCUACCGUUUGACUCCAUUAGCUUUCAUUGAUGCCCAUCGCAUUUCAACUUCUUUGUCUUGCAUGUUUUUGCACACACAGGGCCAUACAACUUUAUUUCAAUAUAUUUGGUCAUUUUUCUCAGGCAAAUAUGUCUGAAUGCUCAGCUAUUUUCCUUCGGUCUGUCUCCAUUUAUGACCAACGUGUACGUUCUACCUUGUUCUAUGAUUCCAAAACCGUCCUUGUGUAGCUCAAUGUUGACCGUACCGUGCCAUUUAUAUAUUUUUUACAUUUCACUGAUCCAUGGAUUCAUCUAAAUAGAUUUUUGUCCCAGUAUCGUUCCUUACUCGUCAAACAUUGCAUUUCACAAAGAAAAGGAUGAUGACUUCUUUAUGAAACUGUUCCUCGGUUUCCUCAUUGUUGUGUUCUCAGAGUUAGUACUCACAUACUCCGUAGCUCCUAUCACCUUAAGUUGUUUGACUGAACUAAAGUUGCCUUUUUACUUUUCUUUUGUUGUUCUGAGGGGUUCCAUGUUUGAUGAACAAUUGCCAAAUAAUCACUGAAGCACAUUAUUGUAUGAUAAAGCCAAGGGAAACACAAAGCCAUUAUUAGUGGGGUUGACUAAAGGACGGCUGGGUGUCACUGACACAGGAAGUCGCCAAAUGUGUGUGUAGUAUUUCUGCCGUGUAUAAACUGCAUUGUUGUUCUGUGGUGCGUCUACAAUAAUUUUAGUUGUUUUACAAGAUCAUUCCAGAACAUAUUGUUUUCAUCUUUAAUGUUUUCUUUUGUUUAUAAAAAAGAAAUUUAGGAAAACUGUUUAAAUUUGUUUACAAGAGGAUAAGAACCACGGUGCAGGAGCAGCUUUGUUUCUAUCAUGAAAAGUCAAUGUUUAUUCAGUUUUUUUUCUGGGAAGUUCUUGAUUCAAAUACCUCAGACAAAUUUCCUUUUUUUUCAGGAGAAUUUAUCUUUUGUUUCUAUGCAAAGAAAAUGUCUUUGUUCCGUUAUCUUGAGAAAAACAAAACUGUUUGGUUUCUCUUUUCUUGAGAAAAUGAGAUGUUUAUGACGUUGUCUUCAGGGGGGAAAAAAAUAACGUAGUUCUUGAGAUCAAAUAAUUAAAAUUGUGGGCGCUUAAUGGGCUUGGAUUCCA